CAGUCAAGGGUUUAAGCCCACAAAUUGACUAGUUUUUGCAGUACUCAUAAACUUCUGCACUUCAAAGUUUCAUCUUUUCCGGCGAAAACCCCAUUAAAAUUAUCUUCAAAGUUUCUCCUUCUCUUUAAUGGCUGCUACCCAUCUAAGAUUGCGCCUAAAAUUUAAUGAUCCUAAGAUUCUAAGCAAAAUCCAGAGGAAAACUGGUCUCAAACGUUCAUGGGUUUUCCUCAAACCACAACAUGAGAAGAUUUCCGACAUUAUUUCAUACAUUAUUCACUCUUUUGAGCUCCAUGAAUCGUGCCCUUAUGGCCUCAUUCUCUCAAUGGAUGGAUUUGUUCUCCCACCUUUUGAGUCAACUACCAUUUUAAAGGAUAAAGAUCUAAUAUGUGUGAAAAGAAAAGUGUUGGCAAUGUGUGAAUCAAUGAAGGCAAUUGAAGAUUCAAUGCCUUUUGCUGAAGACGAAAUAGUAGAGAAGCAAACGUUACCGUCUGUUGUUAGGCUUUUGGCAAAUGAGGAGUUUAACAAGGAGACAGGAGGAUACCAGAGUGAAACUGAAAAGGAUGAAGAUGAUGCAGAGGGUCUUGUGAAAAGGGCUCCCGAUGUAGAUGUUGCUUCUAAGAAGAGGAAAGCAGCCAGCCCUAUUGAGAAUGCAAAGAGAAAGAGACAACGACAAUCAAUGACUAAAGUUGUCCAGAAGAAGGAUGCCAGUCACUCUGAGCAUAUAAAAACCCCACAGAAGAAUAGGAAGCUUGCUAAUGGGAGUACGAAUGAAGUCGCUGCUAAUUGUACCAGUGAUUCAGAUCCAAAAUCUAAGUCUAAUGAACCUGAGGAGAAAAAGGAAGAGAAGAUAAAUGCAUCUGGGCUGCCUGAAGCUAAAAAGACUAGUAGAAGUACUCGCCGUAAGAGGUUGCUGAGGCAAAUGCGGAAAUUAAAUAAAUCUAAAGUGGAUCAGCAUGAUGAGAAGCAACUCCCAGCGAAUGAUCUCAUAAAAGAUUUAGGAUGUAAAAAAGAUGUGGAUUCUAACAUUGGACAGUUACUUGAAGACAGUGAUGCAGAUGAUGAUCUAGUUGCCGUAGAGAUUCGGCCUGGAUACGUACGCUUUACUUCCGCUGGCAAAGCAAAAGAUCUUCAGAAAAAUCAUGAAACAAAUGGUUUGGAUCUUCAGAAUAAUCAAGAAGCAAGUGCUUGUGAUGUUCAGAAAAAUCAAGAAGCAAAUGGUUGCGUUCAAAAUAAUCAAAGAGCAAAUGGUUGGGAGAUUCAGUCAACCCAAACUAAAGCUUGGGAAAGUCACAAAUCUAAGAAGAAUAUUUCGGGAUUUAACCAAACUAAAGUAACAAGGGAAACAUUUUGCUGGAAUGGGAUUACUAAUAAAAGGAAAGGUCAAAAUUGGGGCAAGGAGAACCAAUCAAUCUCUUGGAAGGAGUCGAGAGACUAUGAUGGUCAUCCUUCUAUGUCAAGAGCUGUCACGUACCAACCAUCCUCCUCCUGGAAGCAUCCAAAAGAAUGCAACACUAACUCCCCUAGUACAUGGGCUUCUGGAAGAAAGCAGCAAUGUGAUGCCUCUUUAAAUUUUGAAAAGCUGAUGCCUCUAACUGACUUGCCAAAGGUGGGAGACAUCAUUGCUUAUCGCUUGUUGGAGCUGUCAUCAUCUUGGUGCCCAGAGCUGUCAUCUUUCCGUGUCGGGAAAGUAACAUCAUUUGAUCAAGAGUCGAAUAAAACUACGUUGGUUCCUGAAGCAGAAUACCCACUUGAUCUUAAAAAGAGGGCUGGUGAUGAUCAUGAUGACGACGACGACGAUUCUGAACAACCUGUUCAACCUUCUGUCUAUAAUGAAGAUGGAUCAUUAGAGAUUGAUUUCCCAUCUCUGGCCGAUGUACGUAUCGUGAAGCGUGGUGAUCCCAAUCAAUCAGAAGGCACUGCAAUUGCAGUAGCAAACAGUAAUUCUGUCCCUUCUGGAACGAGUAGAAAGGGUUCAUCAGAUAUUGCCAACCAAGAGCUGCAUUCCCCGGCUACUCCUGAAAAUGAGAAGAAAGACGUGUGGGAAGAGAUAAGCGAUGCGUUGUCUGCAAAGAAAGCACAACUUACGCAAGAAGACAAGUGGAACAAGAAAGAGAGUUCGGCCAAGCGCUCAUGGUCGCACAGAACCUUGAAAAGCAGUGCACUUGGCCCUACAAUAGCCAUGUUAAGAGCACAAAAUGGUGCCAUGAACUAAGGUAGAUCGGAUUUUUACGCCACCUCAAAUCAGGAGCCUUGAAACUCCGGUCGAUUGGCAUAUCUUGUAGUGCUUAUCUUUUGGCAUAGGUCAAUGGCCCUUCUUGCCAUUAGUUUCGUUGCCCCUCAAACGUUUACUACAUAGUUACAUGCUAAAAAUUUUGAGAUUCGGAUGUUUGACUGAAUUCUAUUUAAAUGUAUCUUUCGAACUUGCAUCAAUGAUAUGUACAGUUGAUUAAAUACUAUACGUAACCUUUUUCU